UGCUCUUUACUUUUGCCAUGGCGUUUGGCGAGGAAAUGGGUAGUCCCUUGCGCGUUUCACGAGAGUCGGAGGAACAAGCACAGCCAGCUGAGUGCAACCGGGAGUCGUGCCGCCCUGAUAAAAUGGAAGAGCGAGGUUUUGAGGACGCGGACAUAGAGGCUUGGGAAAAGGAUUACGAGGGUGUUGACGAGGAGGAUACUCCGUUUAGUUCAACUUGCUCCUUCUUAGAACCAGGACAGGCGUUCGUGGGGACGCAAAACGUGUCGUCCUCGUGUUCGUCGGGCGACUCAUCGCCGCCGCUGUCAGGCAUGGAGCGGGACGAGGCGUGGCGGGUAACGGUGCGCAUCCAGCAGUGCGACAUGCAGAGAGGGUACCUGUGUGGGUCCAUGGAGGCUCUUAACGUACCUUCCACUGACACCUCGGUGGUGACAUUUUGGGACGGAGAGAUUGUGGACAGCAAGAACUACUCCUUCUUCACCGGCCAGUGGGACGCCACUCGUGAAACUGACAUCAAGCACUGGUCUCGCUUCCCUUGCUUCACACAACUCAAGGAAGCAGCACUGAAGGAUGGAGCACGGUCUGUAGAUCUGUCAACAUUCCCCUACAUUUUCAUGCGGUGGAAGGAAAAGUUCUUUGUGAACGUGGGGCCAGACUGUGGUCUCACAAUAGCGGGCUUCUACUAUGUGUGCUUCAAUAGAGAGGACGGGACUGUCACAGGCUACUACUACGACCCCAGCAGCAGCCCUUUUCAAAAGCUGGCGCUGCAGCCACAACAGCUGAGCUCAUCAGGAUACACGUUCGGCACAUUCGCACUUUGCUGAUUAUCACGAAACUUCAAUCUGUUUCUGACAAACCCUGGUAUCGACGAUUCCACUGCACGGUAGCGCUCACGAUGGAUCCAACUUGGCUGUAUCCCACUUUUUGAAGAAUCCACCCUUACACUGAAAAUGUAUGUAUAGUGUCUCAGAGUAGCAGAAUGAACUACAAUGAAUGGUACACGGUAGUUUUGACCUAAUGUGUUGUACUCUCCAAGGCAUGCCCCUAUG